UUUACGCACGGGGGCUGAGAGGGUGGACUAUUAAGUGUCCACAUUACAGAAGGACUAUUGGGGUUUUCUUCUUGAUUUUUCUGCUGUUUUAAACUAUGAAGCGAAGUAGGCCUAUUAUACUCUAGGAUAACCUGUGUCCUGUGCUCUGACCUAUUAUGUCCUAACCAUCCCAGAUCCUAUGAAUAUAAAUAUUGUAUCUGCAGUGUGAUAGGACUUACCUAGACAUUAGUAAAAGACUUGGAAGGCAUGUAGGCCGUGUGCUAACAUGGAGGUGUCCUGUAACAGACAUCGCUGAGUUUUCCGCUCAGAGAGGAAAUUGCAUUUCCACAUUGCGUUCUGCACGUCUCUCCCCAGAUCCACCAGCUUGUUCUGUCUACCUCUAAAGACGUGCACCACAUACCAGUGGGACUGUGGUCGCUGGUGUGGACAUAGCGUCCGCUGUACUGUUACACCUCCAUCAAUACUGAAAAGAGUCCGUCUCCAAUGCCACGCUGGUCUGGCGUCCAGCACGAGAUUUUGAUUCGAAGCCAAGCUCCAAAUGUCUCACUUGUCUGAUCCUUGUAGGACUUAAUGCAGUCGGAAUCUUUCGAUUGAAGUCGGAGCUCUCAUCAAGGACUUUAUUUGCUUGAAAGUAAAUGUGCAACUUAUUUGCCCUAUGAUGGAGAUGUGCAUGGUUUUGCAUUGUUAGCCAUUCGCGUAAAAAGUGGAACAAAAUGAAUAACGUAUUUCGUUGUUUUUGUGGGGGGUCCUUGUCUGUGAGUCUGUGAGUCCUCUAUAGCGCGUAGGCUACUAUACGCCCACCGCGCCCCCUACCCCGUCCGAGGAGAGGGGGCUAUAGGAAGCUACAUUGAACGAUGGGAGACCCAAUCAUUUUCACCGCCCCCUCCUCAAGUCGCUCUCACUCAAACGAUCUCCGCACCACCACAGCAACUUUACGCACGGUAACAGCAGCUCGGCAAGUGUAAAAAAGGGACGUAAAUCUCUGCCAUUUCUCUCCACAACAAAGUUGUCUCACCUGUGUCGCGAUGCAGCUCGUGCGUCUGGGCCCCGGGGGGUCCCUGCUCCUCCUGGCGCUUCUGGCCGCGCUCACAGGGCCGUGCGCAUCGCGCUCCGACGCACCCCGAGGAGUCGCGAACCCCUUCGUUUUCGAUCCAAAGGCGAAGUGCGAGCCGUCGUGUAAACACUCGGGUAUCUGCAUUCGGAACAACACUUGCUUCUGCAUACGGGGCUACGAGGGAGAGACCUGCCAGUAUGCCAACUGUUUUCCCAAAUGUAAGAACGGAGGACAGUGUCUCCGGCCGGGGAAGUGCGGAUGUCCUGCCGGCUUUGGCGGGAAAUACUGUCACAAAGUGACGUGUGAAGAAGGCUGCUGGAACGGAGGAGAGUGCAAAGCGCUCCACGGCAAGGCAACGUGCCUCUGCCUCUCCAGCUGGACUGGGAACAACUGCCAAGAAGCGGUGUGUCCCCAGGGCUGCAGGAACGGCGGCAGCUGCGUGGCUCCGGGAAUCUGCAGCUGUCCGGACGGCUGGGUGGGCGGAGCCUGCCACACGGCCGUGUGCAGCCAGCCGUGUCUGAGCGGAGGGAAGUGUAUCUCUCCUGAGAAGUGCCGCUGUCGCCCGUCGCAUGAAGGCCCCCACUGUGAGAAGAAGAGAUCCCAGUACCACUACCUGUACAAGGUCAAAGGUCACUAAGAGGAGGUCCAAGUACCACUACCGACACAAGGUCAAAGGUCACUAAGAGGCGGUCCAAGUACCACUACCGACACAAGGUCAAAGGUCACUAACGGACCCAUAGGGGGGGGGGGUUCUGUUUUUUUUAUACAUUUUUGAUUUGCGCAUUCAUGUUUGACAACACAGUGUAUAAACCCUGUGUGCUAGGAUUGGUCAUUAAACACGUCCAUAUAUGUGCGUUGUCUCUGUACGUAUGUAUGUAUGUAUGUAUGUAUGUAUGUAUGUUUGUUUGUAUGUAGACAUAUACUUUGAACAUCAUGAAUAAAGGACUUAAGAAAACACAGAAUUGUGAUAACGUUUUU